GCGACUGCGCCGACGCGACCGCGACCUCGGCGUCGGCUCCCUCCGCGGCUCCCCGGGCCUCCACCCCUCCUCGCGGCGCUCGAGGGACCAUGGCGGAUCCUCGCGUGAGGCAGAUCAAGAUCAAAACCGGCGUCGUAAAGCGAUUGGUCAAAGAAAAAAUGAUGUAUGAAAAAGAAGCAAAACAACAAGAAGAAAAGAUUGAAAAAAUGAAAGCUGAAGAUGGUGAAAAUUAUGCCAUUAAAAAGCAGGCAGAGAUACUGCAGGAGUCCCGGAUGAUGAUCCCAGAUUGCCAGCGCAGGUUGGAAGCUGCAUAUACUGAUCUUCUGCAGUUAUUAGAGAGUGAAAAAGACUUGGAAGAAGCUGAGGAAUAUAAGGAAGCACGUUUAGUAUUGGAUUCAGUGAAGUUAGAAGCCUGAAGUUUUGCCGUGCAGGGUGUUUUUUCAUUAAAUCCUGAGAUCCAUUCCACAAUUCAUUAUUUUUGACCACUGCUCUAUGUUCAAGUAGUAUAAGAAUGUGAUUCUUUUUAUGCAGUUGCGUAUAUUUUUCUUUGCCUAAUUUAAUGUGUCAAAUAAAUGAGUUCGUCUAAUAAAAUUGUUUAUUUCAUACUUUAUAAAAUAUUUUAUAUUAACUUUUUAUCAUUAAAUCAUAGACAUUUUUGACAGAAUUUAAAUCUGUUAGGUUCUCUUUGAAAUCUAGAUAUUUUGAUUCCUAACUGUAGAUUGAAUUAAAAAUAUGAUACCUUUAUUUUUUAGGUAAAAAUCCAAAUUUUGAAGUUUAUUCUGAAACAACUCCUUCAAAAGAAAGGAAGAACGUCUCUUGAGAUAAGACCUCACAUAUUUAUCCCUUCACAGUGAAAGUCUAGCAUUUCCAUUACUGUUAAUUAAUGGAGACAUUUAAAUCUUUUUGCAGAAAGAUUUAUAUGAAAAACACCAACGAUUUAGAUCUUCAAAUAAGAUUCUUAUGAACAAAGUAUUCAAUUGUAUUUUAAAGGAAUAAUAAUAGUAUACUGGGAAAUAUUUAACAGGUCUUCAAAAUGGAAAGGGAACCUCUUACUUCUGGGGUAUAAAUACCCCCGCUGUGACGGAUUUCAAGCUGCUACCAUGACAUCACUGAACACAAGGCUGGGAAGAUAAGAGCCAGCUCCAGCAUACACCAUAGCCAAACCUGGAUUUUGAUUGACUGGAAAAGAUCUCGUUUUAUCACAAAGUGUUUUUCUAGUACAGUUGUAAACCAAUUAAUUACCUAAUCAUUUGAGUUUAUUUUCUAAAAUGCAUGUCAACUCCUUUAGUUUUCUUCUAUUUCUUGAAAAUGUUGUGAGCCUUAUAUCACCAGCCUACCAUGAGCAGCAAUGGAAUGAACUAAAAUACUAAUAAUAGCUUUUAAGCUUUAAAACUCAUUGAAAAAAUAACAAAAUCGAAAUUUUUUCCUAUUACAUAAGAUACAUAUGUAUAUGUGUAAGGUAAUUUGCCUGAUUUUGGAAGUCGCUAAUGAUGACUAGAAACCAUAACACUUAGUGAAUCUGUCAAAAAGAUCAGAGAAGAGAAAAAUAAUAUAUUCUUACCUGCUAUUAUUUCUAAAGGGUACUCUGUUUUAAAGAAUAGAAUCCAUCAUUUUUUAAAUCUUUAUACAAGCAGAACAUUACUUCAUCAGAGAAUAACAUUAGAAGCACUUCUACAUUGAAAUGUCAUUAUCUUAAAACACAUUACAUGCCAUUUUUAAAGUAUAUGAGGUGGGGAGGGGAAGAGUGAGGAAAUAACAUAAUUACAAUGUGAAACUUUAUACUACAGCUUGCUUAAUAUUAAGGAUUUGAGUAGCAGGAGAAUUAAAAUUUAUGUUGUGGUUGGAUUAAACAACAGAAUAGGUUGGCUUCUUCGGGGGUAAGGGAGCGCAGUUUAGUUUUCCAAGUAAGGUAUCAUUUAAAGAAAGUUACCAUUUUUUUAAAAUGUAAAAAAUCUCAUUUCAACUUUUUGCCAAAUACAUAAAUAUCAUGUAUAUUCAAAGCAAAAAAUAUUGGUUCCCCCAGAAAAAAAGUAAAUCUGAAAGGGAAAAUUUACAUCCAGAAUCCAAAUCUUGGUUGCUGAAAAAAUUAUUUUCUUGUCCGAAAGCCUAAGGAAAGAAGGAAUUAACAAGGUAGAUGAAAGUAAUACAUUUUUAGAGAAUUUCUAUCUCAAUUAUAGAUUUCAUACUGGAUCUCUCUCCAGACAUUGAUGAGAAGCAGCAAGAAGCUUAAGAUUCUGUGAAGGGGCUUAUUCCUGAAAGUUUUUGACACAUUCCACUUAUGUUUUCAUGGCCAUCAAAAUGCAUAGUAACAGUUGUAAUUCAUCAACUUGUUUUUAAGCUUUUAGUUGAAACCUUGCAUCUGUAGGAUAAUAGGUAGAAAUUCCCAAAAGUAAUGUUAUGUUGCCUUUUACUCUCCAAUAUCUGAUCCCCAACCUACAUAUAGCAGUUGCUCAGUAGACAUUUGUAGAAUAAGUGAAAAGUAAGAGGUAAAAACCUCUGGAGUGAGAGAAAGAAUGCUACGAAGGAUAUCAUCACAUCACAUACUUAAUACAGUGCUUUUCAAACUAUUUUUACUGCCAACCUCAAGAAGAAAUUUUCUGUUGUGACCCAGUACAUAUUUAUGGAGGUCUAUAUACACAUAAAGAAUAGACAUCUUCAAUAUGUACAAUUUCUCAGUUGUUUUCUAUUUUGUUAAUGAUUAUGACCACCUGCUAUUGGGUUGUGAAUAACACUACCCUAAUACAAUAAUAUAAAAUGA